GGUUGUUGAAAAGGCUUAUAUAUCGCCACUCGACAGUGUUGCAGCCAGUUAUCGUAGUGGCCGUGACUUUAUUAUCACCAUGAAGGUAAUUAUUCUCGCCGCAUUUGUAUCGUUGGUGCAAGCCAGGCCCGGCUUGUUCUUCGCCCAACCGUUACACGCUCCAGGGGUAGAAUACGCCCAGCCUUCACCUGUUAUACACUCCCAUCCAGCAGUUGAAGCGAACGCUGCUAGUGAAGCUCAAUUGCCACCACAAUUAUUGAAAUCACACGCUUUCUACAGCAACCCAGCCAUAGCUGCCGGUCUGGCAAAAGAGUCCUGGUUCACGCAUAAGGAGAUGCAAGUUGUUGAAAGAGAGGCUGAGAAAAUACCACGCCAGCGGAUAUACGACAUCGUAAAAAAUGCUGGUUUUUUGGACAGGCAUUAAUUUUUUAGAUAAUGUCGCAAUUAGCACCAUAAGCACUUUUUUUAAAGCUCCUUCCUCGUUUACAAGUCACCCAACAUUCGUGAACAGGUUUUUGGACAAAGUCUAUAAAAAGAAAUAAUUAACAAUAGCUUACAGCUGACUCACUCCUGUUUCCAUUGAAUAGAUGAUGCGUUUUCAAUAAUCUAUUUUGUCUAAAUAAUGAUAGUAUGUGAUGUAGUAGUUUUCAAAGAAGUUGAAGAUUUUAAGCCUGAUGUUAGUUUUCUUCUAAUAAAUUUAUUAUUUAUUUCUAUCA